CAACACCCUUACGAACCAUCACUGCAGGGCAUCCUGUUGGCUUCGAGCUCACUACAGACGGAUUCGCCAACACCUCCGCUUUCGUCGAGACAGUCACAUCAGUUGCUGCCGGCGAGCAGUAGCUCCGGUGGGAGUAAUCCACCACCGUCUCUGCAGCCGUUCAACCGACGGCAAUCAUCGCAGGACGGCACUGGCGGUGGUGGCGGCGGCAGUUCCACUGGAGGCUACCAACGGGCACCGUACGCCGAGUCGGAGUCGAUUUCAUCCAAACACACUUCGGUUCUGGUCAGCUACUGGGCUUGUCUGACGGAACGGAUGAGCUCGCUGAUUUGCAAGUGCUGCGAACGGACGCUUCCACCGGCCGAGAGCGUCUGAAAGCGGGUGCACUGAGGGUCGGAAGUGAACAGGCGGCCAGGUUGCUGUGAAUGGUUCGUGAGGAAUGGGAGGAAAGGCUUCUGAAGGUUUAUUUCGAUUGUUCGAUUAAACAUUUCAUGCUUGUUGGAAGAUUUCAUUUGACAUUUUCCGCAUCUACAAUUUACAAUUUAACUUUUUCUACUAUUUAAAACGCUCCCAUUCCUCUGGAAAAUGAUGGUUUUAAAAAUUGAGAUAAAACAUGAAUUAUAGCGAUAUUUGUUAGGAAAACAAACAAAACAAAUCUUAUUGACCAAAAACACACUCGAACGAACGUCAAGUUUGCAAUGUUUCAUACCAAAACAAACAACUAGAAAAUCAAUUGUAAUACUCCCACUUUCAACUUCCCAACCACCUUAAACUAAUCUAGAGCGAAAACCUAACAAAAAAGCGAACAUAUCACUUUCUACUGUUCAACAUACGGAACCUUUUACUGACGGAAAUUUUAGCCAAACCGAAAAUACGACACAUACAGAGCGAGGGAGAGAGAGAACGCGUCGAACCGAACAGAGAGAAUCCGAAUUUAUGCACUCGUUUGUCGCUCUCUUCGCCUGCGUUGCUACACUGAGAGAAACAAACGCGGUACGAAUGCAAAGCAAACCAGUGCAUUACAGUGCUCUUUCUUAGCUUUCGCCUCGAAGGCCAACUAACCUUAGACUUAGUGCGAUCAAAUGACAUACCAGUCCUCCGAACUUUUUUCCCCGGUGAAAGUACCUUAAUGUCUCUAGAAACACUCUUAUUUUUUCACUCACGUGUCUCAAGUGCGAUCCAACUGUGUCAAACCACUGUCCGUGUCAGAUCGCGCCUGACUGUAGUCUAUCGACCUAAACAGAGGGAAGAAAACAAACAAAAUGGCGGCGCUUUAGCAUGCUUCGCGCGCAAAAAUAACAAGCUAUUUUAAAACACUUACUGACUACUACCGACUAGAUAUGGUUAAAAAUUCAUGUUGCAGGCGACAUUAUAAAUAAAUUGAACCCUAUUAUGAAAUGCAAAUCACUCACACAGAUAAAAAGUAAACCCACGCAAAAUAUAUUUAAACUAACAAAGCAGAACAAAAUAUUCAUCGGGCUACUGCGCGCGCGUCCGCGAAUCAAAGAUGGCGACGCGCGGUGGUGCACUAUAUUAUAGCGAAUAAAUGUGACAGUCGAAUAUCGAACCCCUCCUUUUUGGUGUCAAUGUCUCUUAACAAAAAGCAAACAAGCAAACAAGAAAGGUUAGAUUUAGGAAAAAUUUAGCACCGUAAGUUGAAGCAAGUAGUGGAAUCUUAGGUGUUAGUUCGUCACACUCUGGAAGUAUGUAUUUAACUAGUAAGCAGAACUGCUAAAGCAGUGCGAAAAAGACUAACAUUAACCGAUUAAACAAAGUAUCAAAAUGGUGCGAAAAAAAAAACAAAAAAUAAUGUAAACAGAAAGUUUCUUGACUAUUUAUUUGCAACAACCCUAAGUGGAAUGAACGCAAGUGUUUCCUCUUCAAAAUUACUACAAAUUAGCAUGCAGAAUCGUAGUCAAAUUAGAGAACUGAUGACAAUGUGCCACGCGAAACAAACUGAACUGUACCCCCUUUAUCCCCCCAGUCCCCGCAGCGAAUCAAAACAACCCACCACUUAAAUUUAGACCGAGAUUUGAAACCCUCGCUGAAAUAUUUCCAUGUCCGAGAAUGCAAACAAUAAUGUAAACAUAAUUAAAUGGACCAACGCUCUGAAUUUGUGUAGUAGGCGAAGCUAGCCCCCUCCCCUCUCCCCAGUCCCCCUUGAAUGAUAUUAAAACAACUGUCUUCUGAAAAACCGAUAGGAAUGUGUCAUAAUAUUCUCGUAGCCAAUUUGAAACGGAAGCAAAGCCCCCAAACUGAAUGAAAUAGAUGUUUCUGGACUCCGCGAGGAAAACAAUACAACAAGGUGUCAUACUUAUACAUGUGAUUUCAGUGGCAUAGGUGCAAGAAGAAUAAAAAAAAAAAAACAAACACAAGUUGAAAAUUUAGCCUAAUUCGUGUGACCACACAGUAA